GAGUGAAGAGAGAUGGAUACGUAUGAAAGCAAAAGGAAUGGUUUUUGGAUCUUUACAUGCACGUCCAGGUGAACGUACGUCCAGCGGAUAUAAACUCCUAGAUGUCGUCCUCGAUCUUCCUCUUUCAUUACAGAUUGCGUACUCUCUCCCCCUAAACGAAAACGAAGCCUCCACCAUUCUUCGAUAAUUGCUGAGGUAAAGGAAAUGGCGAUUUUGGGGAAACCUUCUCUUCGCAUUCACGUCCUCCUCUUCGUCGCUUUCUAUUUUUCUUUCGCUAACGUCAAAGUUUCAUCCGAAUCGGACGCAGACAGAGUUGACGAGCUACUGAGUCUUCAAUCCAUAUCAAAAUCCGGCGUAAUCCAUCUCGAUGACCAUAGCCUUAGGCGCUUCAUCACAUCUGCAAAACCCAGAUCCUACUCUCUCGUCAUCUUCUUCGACGCAGUUCAACUUCACGACAAGCAUGAACUUCACCUUCAAGAGCUCCGAGCAGAGUUCGACCUCGUCGCAUCCACUUUCAUCAAGAACAAUAAAGACAUACCAGCCCAAUCCAAGCUCUUCUUCUGCGUCAUCGAAUUCAAGGAAUCCCAGUCUAGCUUCGCCCUCUUCGCCGUCAAUACCCUCCCUCACGUUCGCCAUGUCGGGCCUCAGAUCCAGAAUCUGAAGGAUUCCGAAUCCAUGGACCAGAACGACUUCGCCAGGAUUGCAGACUCCAUGGCCGAAUUCGUCGAGGCUAAGACGAGUCUAACGGUUGGACCAAUCGAACGACCUCCGCUUCUCUCCAAGAAGCAGUUAGGGUUUUUGUUGACGUUGACUGUGAUAUGGGCUCCUUUCAUCGUGAAGAGGCUUCUGGUUGGGGAUACUCUCCUUCAAAGUCCUAGAUUGUGGGUAUUGUUCGCGGUGUUCGUUUACUUCCUCAGCGUUUCUGGGACAAUGCACAAUAUAAUUCGGAAGAUGCCCAUGUUCUUGGCGGACCGGAACGACCCUUCGAAGCUCAUCUUCUUCUAUCAGGGUUCAGAGAUGCAACUAGGUGCAGAGAGUUUCGCAGUUGGGUUCUUGUAUACCGCCGUGGGACUGUUGUUGGCCUUCACAACGCAUCUUCUUGUUCGGGUGCGGAAUGUGACGGUGCAGAGGGUUUUUAUGAUUAUCGCGCUUUUGGUUUCGCUUUGGGCUGUGAAGAAGGUCAUCUAUUUAGAUAACUGGAAGACAGGAUACGGUGUUCAUGGAUUCUGGCCCUCUAGUUGGAAAUUGCGUUGAGUUGUCCUGUAUUUUGCGCUAGAAUUAAAUUUUAACGGAUUGGGAACUUGGGUCUUUUACAGCAAUAUACGAAAAGUUUAGUAUUUUAUCUCUGGUUUAGAGUAUCCAUUUUGAUUAGAACAGUAAUUCAGUUUAGAAAGUUGAAUCCAUUUUGGUUAGAACAAUAUUACAGUUUAGAAAGUUGAAUUCAUUUUUUUUCAAAGAAGUUUGGCUUGGGUCCAUUUGAUUCUGCUUUAGGUAUUUGAUGGUGUAAGAUUUGUUCUAGUUAUGAAAAUGUUCUGUUCUUGUUA